AAUUUCCAUUAAUCACUUUUUAACCACUGGAAGUCUGACUCAUAUAUUUUCUAGAAAUAAACUUUGUAAAAUUGUGAAAUUAAUUAUUUAAUUUUUUUCUGUGUUUAAUCGGUAAACAAGUGAUAAAAAUUCAAAAUGAGUGUUAAUACAGCACAUGCGAAUGGUGGAGUCUUGAUUCAUGCUGGUGAAACAAUUCUCUUGUUUAGUGACAAUGUUUCGAUGGAAUUUGCAGGUCAGGAUGGUCCAAUUUUUAAAGGCACGAAGCAAGGUCGAAUUUAUCUGACUACUCAUAGAGUCAUUUUUAAUAGUAAAAACGGCAAGGAUCCUAUGCAAUCAUUUAGUUCUCCUUUCAUCUCAAUGAGCGAUGUUGAGUUAGAACAACCAGUAUUUGGUGCAAACUAUAUUAAGGGGAAAAUUCGAGCACAACCAAAUGGAAAUUUUACAGGCGAAACAAAGUUUAAAAUGUCAUUUAAAUCUGGUGGCUGCAUCGAUUUUGGACAGGCUUUAUUGAGAGCAGCUUCAAUGGCACAAAGAAACUCCCCACAUGGAAUGGCACCACCUCCUUACGAACCGCCAGGUAGCGGAUGGUAUCAAGCUCCACCUCCGAGUUAUACCCCAACUGCUGGAACUUAUGGCUGGUUACCACAAAAUGCAGCUUUUGGACAGGCGCCUACAGAUGGGGUUUAUAUGAAUGAUCAACCUCCCCCGUAUCCAGGAAUUAACCCUAAUCCCCCAAAUUAUGCACAGCCCAAUUAUAAUCCUCAAGCUCAAGGAUUUCCUUCUCAGCCACCACAAUAUGGUUACGUUCCUGGCAGUGCUGCAUCUUAUCCAAAUGCUGCUCCACAAUACCCAGGCGCUCAACAGUCUAAUACUGUCCCAGGAUAUCCAACUGGUCCACAAAAUGCAGGAUUUCAAAAUGCUGGAACUUCUUAUCCAACAUUACCAACACAAGCAUUCGGAUUCAAUUCGCCUUCAGCUCCGGUACCUAUGACCAAAGAACAAGAAGCAGCAGCAUCUGCAUUUUAUGAUCCUCGUAAUAUGAAUUCAGCAUUUGUUCAACAGCAACAAACUUACGAUAUUCCACCAGCUUACGACUCGUUAAAUCAGAAUAAUCCAAACAAUAAGAAAACUCAGUAAAUAUUGUGGCUUAAAAGUGCAUUCCUUAAAUUGAUUUUUGUGGGAAAUAUUAUUAUGAUAAUAAUAGUCAGUUUAUAUGCUAUUGAGACUAUCGCUGAUGUUAUAUAUUUCGUGUAAUAAAUAGAAUUCACUUGAAUAAUGAAUUUCUAAUACCUAAUUUAUUAUUUUUC